AUGCGCGACCCCCCGGCGGCGCUGGCGGCGUCCCGCGUCGCGAGCUCGCUCGAAACCGGCGGCCCGGCGUCGCCGGCGACGACGUACAAGCCCGACCCGAAACGGGGCAAGGGCGCGGGCCUGCCCGGGUCCGACGACCUCUACCUCGACGCGGCCCUCGGGGCGCUGAACGUCGGCGUCGGCGCCGAGGGCCGGCCCCUGCCGAGCAUCACGUCGACGCCGACCGUCGCGUUCAAGCGGUCGCGCUUCGCGGGCCACGCGGCGCCCGUCGCGUCCGUCGGCGACGUCGAGUUCGUCGUCGCGGCGCUGAAAGGCGCCCAGCGCUGCGUGCCCUACGCCUACCGCCUCGCCGGGGGCGCGCCCGGCGCGCCGCCCGAGGGCGCGCGCGAGGGCCGCGACGACGGCGGCGACGUCGGCGUCGGCGACAAGCUCCUCCACUUGUUAACGCAGUGGGACGUGGAGAACGUGGUCUUGGUCGUCACGCGCGACGACUCGAAGAGCAUCGUCGGCGGCGAGGCCCUGGGCGUGCGGCGCUUCAAGAUCGUCAUCGACUGCGCGAAAUCCGUGUUGGAGCUCUGCUACCUCGACAGCCUGCGGCGGACGCUCCGCGCGUCGCGGGGCAGCGGCCCCGAGUUCGACGCCGCGGCGUCUUCCGUGCCCGCGUCGGCCCACGGCGCGGCCCUCUCCGCGCCGCCGCCGCCCGUGCCCACGGGCGUGCUCCGGCGGUCGCGGUCCGGGAGCUCGCACCCCGUGCCCGAGGAGGCGUCGAGCCUCGACGCGGCGUCCGUGGGGUCGUCGUCCAAGUCCGCCGCGCAAAAGCCGCUCCCGGAGAAGAAGCCGACGCGGCCCAUGGGGCCCGACGCGCCGAACAUGAUGUUCCGGCCCCGGGGGCCCAUGUGGAAGCCCACGCGGACCGCGUUGGGGACGACCGCGGAUUUACCGGAAGGCCGCGACGUCGACUCCUGCGGCAUCCCGCUGACGCGCGCCCUGGGCCGCGUGAACAACUUCCGCCACGGCUUCGACGCCCAGCGCGAGUCGCCGUCGAAGAUCGUCGCCAUGCGGCCCCUCGACGACGAGACGCUCUACGCGGGCUCCGUCGACGCCGCGUACCGCGACGACGACGACGGCGGCGCGAGCGGGCCGGCGCCGUCGCCGGCGGCCUACGACGACGAGGGCUUCGGGCUGCCGCGGUCCGCCGUCGAGCUCGUGCUGCGCUGCGUGGCGGCGCUCGUCGACGGCCCGCGGUGGAUCCUGCGGAAGCGCAGCGGCGGGCCGGCGGCGCGCGCGCCGCCCUACGACGUCGACUGGGUCGACGUCCGCUUCGCUUUAAGCGAGCCGGAGAUCAACGCGCGCCUCGCGUGCUUCGACGCGUCGCGGCCGCCGGGCGGCGCGCCGGCGGCCGUGCUCGGGUCCCUCGUGUCCGCGGGGCUCGGGCCCCGGGCCAUGGACCGGCUCCGCAUCCGGUCCUUCGUCGCCGCGGAGUUCCUCCCCUGGCUCUGGGCCGCGCUCGCCGUCGAGAUCGACCCGGACCAGCUCGCCCACGCCAUCUCCUUCCUGCCGAAGACCAUCGCCCACCCGGCGGGAACCCGCGACGACGUCGCGGGCGUCGCGGGCGCGCCGAAGCGGCGGAACGCGCGCGAGGAGCGCGAGCCGCCGCCCGCGCGGCCGCCGCGGAGCGCGGCGCGCGCCGCGGCGCCGGCGCCCCACGCCGACUCGCACCUCUCGCUCCCGGACGCGCUCGGCUCCUGGGAGGACGACUCCGACCUCCAGAUCCCGGGCAAGAAGCUCCUGCCGCCCGACGAGCCCGACAUGCAGAACCGCGUCGGGCCCCGCAUCCAGGCGGACCCCGACCCCGCGACGGUGCAGGAGUGCGUGAAUCGGCAUAAUAAGCUCGUCGAGCUGAACAUCGGCGCCGACGAGACCUUCCCCAUGGACGAGCUGCGCGCGCUCUACGCCGACGCCGACGACGCGCUCUUCAAGAAGGCCGUCAAGCUCUUCGACUGGAGUUCCAAGGGCGAGGCGGCGCUCGAGAACGUGAAGAUGUUCUCGCUGCUCAUGGUCGCGCUGCUGCACCCGUCGGAGGCGGGGAAGAUGGAGCGGACGACGUUCGACAUCGCGUUCGCGAUCUUCGACGCCGACGCCAGCGGCAAUUUGGAGGUCGACGAGUUCAAGGCCAUGUUCCGCGCGCUCUACCAGACGCGCGUGUCGGCGCUCAAGCUCGUCUACACGUCCAAGGCGGGCCACGCGAUGCUCCAGGAGUUCGCCGAGUCGGAGCUGAGCACGGAGAACAUGGAGUUCGUCGACGCCGUCGACGCCUGGGCGGCCAUGGACGACGCGCAGCGCGGCACGCUCGCGGCCGGCGGCCUGCUGGACCAGUUCGUCGGCGAAGCCGCGAAGACGCCCGUGAACCUGCCCGCGAAGGCGACGGCGAAGCUCCAGGCCGAGUACAAGGCCGCCGUCGACGGCGGCGUCGAGACCCUGGGCGACGCGUUCUUCGAGGAGAGCAAGAAGGAGAUCCUCAAGGUCAUCGAGAAGGACACGUUCGCGCGCUUCAACAAGGACCGGGAGCGCAUGGAGGCGCUCAUGAAGGAGACGUUCAAGGAGGUCGACACGGACACGUCCGGCAAGAUCUCCAAGGACGAGUACAUCGCCUGGGCGAAGCAGCACCCGGAGGUCCUCGCGUUCUACGAGCACCUCACGGCCCAGACCCACAAGAUCAAGGACGGCGCGAUCACCUACGAGGACCUCGGCAAGCCGUCCCUCGCCCACGGCGCGGGCUCCCAGCCCGACGUCGUCAAGGCCGCCGCGGAGCCGGAGGUGCCGGCGGCGACGAGAACUUCCCUCUACGGCGCCUUGGAGGGUGCCAACGUCGCCAUCGUGGCGGACGCCGACGACCCAGCAGCGCUGGAUCCGACGCGCGAAAUCGUCCUCGACGCCGUCGGCGACGAGCUGACGGCGGCGUUCGCCGCGAUGUUCCCGGCGGCGGGGCCGACGCCGCGCCCGCGGCGGGCGCUCGUGAACGUGUCGUCGCGCGCGUUCGCGAGCGAGCUCGGCGCCGAGGGCUACCGGCUGCGCGGCGCCACGAUCGAGGCCGCGACGGCGUCGGGCGCGUUCUACGGCGCCUUCGCUCUGCUCGGUCUGAUCCAGCGCCGCGAGCCGCUCCCCGCGGUGCGGACGAGCGUGCCCAGGACGCGCCUGCGCCACUGGGACCUCUGGGACGAGCUCGACGGGUCCGUCACGCGCGGCUACGCGGGCCGGUCGCUGUUCUGGCCCAUGGCGCUCUUCGAGGACGCCGCGCCGCCGCCCAUGGACCAGGUCUACCUGGCCCCGUGCGACGCGUCGGAUCCCCGGCAGCGCUGGUCCGGCGCGACGCUCGAGGCCGGCGCGUCAACGCCGUCGCCCAUCGCGAACGAGGCGACGGGCGGCUGCCUGACGACGGCCUCGUGCGCGCCCGUGCGCGCGCUGGCCUGCGGCGAAACGCCGCCGACGUGGUUCUACAACGCGACGAACAAGACGCUCGUCGUCGUCGCGGCCGCCGCGAACCAGACGUGCGGAGCCCACGGCGGCGAAGGCAACUGCCUCGACAUCAACGGCGGGUCGGGCCCGGACCUCGACAUGUACCGCUGCCACUCGACGGACGAGGGCGAUUACACGCACCAGCGGUUCGUCGUCGACGGCGCGACGAUCCGCUCCGCGCGCGAUCGCACCGCGUGCCUCGGCGUGAGCCGCCCGAACCCGCCGUGGGAGGGCGCGGCGGACCCGUGGGUGCCCGCCGGCGCCUGGAAGGCGCGCGUGUCGGACGCGCUGCGCGCGCUCAAGUCCGCGGGCCUCAACGGCGUCGUCCUCCUGGACGUGAACGCGUGCGGGCCGACGCAGACGCACGCGCUGAGGACGGGCCCCAUGCACCAGAUCGCCGAGAACCUGCGGCCGCUCUUCGAGCGCUACGCGAUGGCGCCCUUGCUCUCCGCGUGCUUCGCGGCGCCGACGGAGCUCGACGGCGUGUCCGCGGACCCCGCGGCGCCGGCCGCGCGCGCGUGGUGGACGGCCAAGGCCGCGGAGCUGCGCGACGCCUGGGGCCCGGGCUUCGGCGGCCUCCUCGUCAAGGCCGACUCGGAGGGCAACGUCGGCCCGGCGCGCUUCGGGCGCUCGCAGGCCGACGGCGCGAACAUGAUGGCGGACGCGCUCCGCGCGUCGUCGAACUCGUCCUGGCUGCUCUGGCGCGCGUUCGUCUACGGCACGGACGACGCCGUCGGCCAGGAGGACCUGGCGCGCCAGGCCUACGACACGUUCGAGCCCCUGGACGGGCGGUUCCGCGACAACGUCGUGCUCCAGAUCAAGAACGGGCCCAUGGACUUCCAGGUCCGCGAGCCCAUCUCGCCCCUGCUCGCGGGAGGCAUGCCCAAGUCGAACGUCAUGAUGGAGGUCCAGGCCGCGCAGGAGUACACGGGCCAGCAGAUCCACGCCGUGGGCCUCGCGAAGAUGUGGCGGCACUACUUGGACACGGACACGAUGUGGGACGCGCCGAAGACGGGGCCCACCGUCGAGGACAUCCUGACGACGCGGUCGAACUUCGGCGGGGGCCUGGCCUGCGUGUCGAACUUCGGCGACUUCGCGAACUACACGGGCCACGUCUUCGCGGCGGCGAACGCGUACGCGUGCGGGCGCCUCGCGUGGGCGCCCGAGACGCCGUCGGCGACCAUCGACGCGGAGUGGGCCGCGAUGACCUUCCCGGACGCGCCGGACGCCGCCCGGGUCGCCGCGGACAUUUUGGACAAAAGCUGGGAGGCGUACGAGGGCUACCAGUCGCCGCUCGGCAUCGGGUUCCAGAUCCGGGGGAACCCGAACCGCUUCGGCUGCGCCCCGAAGACGAACUUCGACGGGCGCCAGGCGCCGAGCUUCGGCCCGAACCCGGGCGCGCCCUGGAACGCGUCGGGCCUCUACGGGCCGGGCCGCGGGCCCUACGGCCGCGAGUGCCCCAUCUCGAACGUCAAGUGCCUCGCCGACGACUGCCUCGAGCACCGGUCGGGCUGGGGCGCGGGCGCGGGCUCGGACCACUACUGGCUCGAUCCCUGCGCCAUGUACGACUUCCAGAACUCGUCCUUCGACGGCCUCGGCUGCGACCGGCGGUCGACCGGCGCGGGCUCGCGCAUGGCCGGCGCGUACUCGCCCGCGCUCGCCGCGGUCCUCGACGACGCGGCGACGUGCCCGACGGAGCUCCUCCUCUUCUUCCACAACGUGCCCUGGAACCGCACCGUCGAGGGCGCGCCGCUCAUCGACCGCAUCGUCGACGGCCACCGCGACGCGCUCGCCGCGGUCCGCGCGCUCGCGGCCGCGUGGGACGGCGUCGAGGCGGCCAUGGCCGGCGACGCGCGCUUCGCGGGCGUCCAGGCCCGCUUCCGCCAGCAGGUCAACGACGCCGCCGUCUUCUCCGAGGUCAUCACGGGCUUCUACAAGAACCUCUCCCUGGGCAUCCUCGCCAAGGAGAGCAAACCGAUGUCACCGGCGCUCGCCAACAAGAUGCGCAGCGCCUACAGCGUCACCGACGUGUCCAGCGUGCGGCAUCACGACACGCGCCUCAUCGUCCACCCGCUCUACCCGCAGGGCGCGGCGCACUGGCUCCACCCCUGCGAGCACCUGCGCGCCUUCAGCGACGUCCGGGUCCCCGGCCUGCCCUUCGCGCUCCAGGUGCCGCAGCGCCAGGGCGUCGGCGGCGACGACACGGGCUGCGCCGUCUGGCGCGGCGCGACGGUGCUCGCGCGGCGCCUGCUGACGACGGCCUGCGAGGGCCGCGCGGGGAACGGCCGCCGACCCGUCGCCGUCGAGCUCGGCUGCGGCGCGGGCGCGAUCGCGGCGGCCGUCGCGAGUUAUCUCGGCUGCGACGCCUGGGGCACGGACAUGCCCGACAUCGCCAAGGACGCCGCGGGCGCCUGCCGGGACCACGCGGCGACGGCCGCGGCCGCGGGCCGCCCGCUCCGGGGCGCGCUCCGCGCGGCGCCGCUCGCGUGGGGCGCGGCGGACGCGGCGGCCUUCGCGCGCGAGCACCUGCCGCCGGGCCGCGCGGACCUCGUGCUCGGGUCCGAGGUCGUCUACGCGCUCACGAAGACGCGCGUCGCGGAGGCCAUCGCCGUCUUCGAGAAGCUUGCGGCGACGAUCGCCGCGCUGCUCAACGACGGCGGCGUCUGCCUCAUCGCCUACUGCCCGCGGUCCGACGUCGAGGCCUACUUCUUCGACAUGCUGCCGAAGCACGGCCUCCGGCUCCGAGCGGAAUACGCGCCCUCGGCCGUCGCGAGCGGCUACGACGGCAAGGGCAACGGCGUGCCCCGCGGCGUGCCCGUCGCCGACCUCGGCCUCGCGCGCCACCAGGUCGACGGCCUCCGCCUCUUCGCCAUCGAGCGCGACGCCGCGCGGGAGACGCCCGCGGACGCGGCGGCCGCGCCGCCGCCGCCGCCGACGUUCGCGCCGAUCGCCUUCGACUUCCUCCGACCGCCGCUCGACGACCCGCUCGACUAA